UCAAAACAUAAACAAAAAGGAUAACUAAACGUGGUUGAACUUUUCGGUUUGUAAUUGAUAAGAAAUAAAUAUUUAAUACUUGAAUUCUCAGCAUUAAAUCAAGAAUUCUCAAUUUAUUGUAAAUAUUUCUUCUUGUAUUACUAAAUCAAUAUGGAUUUGAUGUUCAAUAUAACAUCAGCACCUAGCCCAGCUCCAAAAGUGAAAGAGAAACCGGCUGGAAAAUUAUUAAAACAGAAAGUUAAAGUGAAUUCAAAAAACAAGUUUAAAGAAAAUGGAAGUAAAUUUUCUUUUCAGUUUACAAAAAAUGAUAAAAUUAAAGCUGUUGUCGCAAGAAGAAGGCCAACAACUAUUUUGAAUGGUCAAAAUUUAAAAACAGAAAAAAAUGUGAUUAAUAACCAUCAAAGUUCUCAGCCUAAAAAUUAUGUGAUGCGACCUUCAUUCCCAGAAACAAAUGAAAGUUUUGAUGAGAACCAUAAGAAAAAGAAUUACGUCUUAAGGCCAAAGGAUGAUGUGGAUGAUAUAGAUUCUAAUAAUGAUAAUGUGAAUGAAACGAAAGCUCAGAACGGCGAUGAUAUCUUCUUGAAUUUAACAACUUCUGUUGAUCCUCAACUUGCUAAUAAAUCCAAUGUAAAAUUGUCAAGAACUGAAAGAAUUAAUAAGAAAAGAGAAGAUAAAUUAUCUUUUAGAAAAGAAAAGAGAAGCGGCAGAGUUCUAACUGAAGAAGAAAUAAAUGAGGGUAUUAAAAAAUUUUCCAAGUUACCUCAAAAAUCAAAAAAGAAAAAGCCUAAUAUUUGUCAGAAUAUAGAAACAAAAAUAAUAGGACAAAGAUUUGUUAAACCUAUAGUGGAAAAGAUUUUUACCGGAUGUUCUUUAGAGACUUUAAAUAUACAUCCGCAUUUGGUUAAAACUCUUGCUGAUCUUAUGAAUAUAACAGAACUAACAGCUGUUCAACAAAAAGCUAUUCCAAAAGCGUUAGAAGGCCGUGAUUUAUUGGUACGAUCACAAACAGGUUCAGGAAAAACUUUAGCAUAUGCUCUUCCAAUUGUGCAGAAAUUGCAGGAAGUAACCCCAAAGCUAACAAGAAAUUCUGGAAUUAUGGCACUUGUAAUAGUCCCGACGAGAGAAUUAGCUAUUCAAACAUAUGAAGUUUUAAUUAAAUUGCUAAAACCUUUUACAUGGAUAGUUUCUGGAUACUUGUGCGGUGGUGAAAAACGCAAAUCAGAAAAAGCUCGAUUAAGGAAAGGAAUCAAUAUUUUAGUUGGGACAAGUGGUCGUUUACUUGAUCAUUUAUUGAACACAGAUUCAUUUAAACUUGAUAAAUUAAAAUUCUUUGUACUAGAUGAAGCAGAUCGUUUGUUGGAGCUUGGGUAUGAAAAAGAUGUAUCAAAAAUUGUUCACACAAUUGAUGAACACAAGCGAAAUGCUGAAGUUGCUGACGAAUUUAGGCCUUCAAAAAGUAAAGUAGAAGAAAAACCUGACAAUCAACUACAAAGACUUUUGUUAUCUGCUACUUUAACUCCAGCUAUUCAAAAGUUAGCUGGUUUAACUUUGAAAAAUCCAAUUUUUAUUGACAACAGCGACGAGAAUGUUAUUGAUGAUGCAAAGCAAGCUAACGGAUACGCAAAUGCUUUGGAAGAAGCUGUGAAAGAUGAAAAAUUAGUUUUGCCAGAAAACCUUAGUUUAAGUUAUGUUGUUGUGCAUCCGAAGUUGAGAUUAGUUACACUUUCAGGACUUUUAGCGAAAGAAUUCUCUAACCGCAAAACAAAAGUUCUUGUAUUUUUAGCAACUACAGAAAUGGCCAAUUUUCUUCACGAUAUAUUAAAUGAGGCGUUAACAAUGCGAAUACUAGAUGAAGAAGUUGAUCCAGAUGAAGACAAUGGUGACGAUAAUCCAUUAUUAGCAGGAGUAAAAUUUUUUAAACUUCACGGUUCAAUGACACAAGUAGAGCGUGGAGCAAUUUUUAAAGAUUUCAAAAAUUGUAGUUCCGGUAUAUUAUUAACAACGGAUGUUGCGGGACGUGGUAUUGAUGUACCAGAAGUUGAUCUAGUGAUUCAAUAUUCACCGCCAUUGACGAUAUCUGAUUUUGUACACCGCGCUGGGAGAACAGCUAGGGCGGGUAAAAAAGGCAGAUCUGUUUUAUUUUUAGCAUCUGAGGAAGUUGAAUUUAUUAAAAUUUUGGAAGACAGACGAAUAAGAAUAUCGCAAGAAAUUUUAGAAAAGUGUCUUAAAAGUCUUAAAGAUGCAGAUGAUGAAGCACAUACUGUUCAAGAAGCAACAUCAAAUCUUCAACAUAAAUUUGAAGAACUGAUUGAAGAUGAUAAAGAGUUACGUAACAAAGCGUAUAAAGCUUACACAUCAUGGGUAAGAAAUUAUGCUUCAUUUCCAAAGGAACUCAAACCUAUCUUUAAUAUAAAAAAAGCUCAUAUGGGUCAUUAUGCAAAAAGUUUUGCACUUAAGGAACCACCUUCAAAAUUUGUUUCAAAAAAUUAUGCUCCCAAACCUGCAUUACCAAAUAACCGGUUGACUUAUAGUGAAAGAAAAGAUGAAAAGAAAACUGAUUCAUCAGAAACUAGAAAGAGAAAGCAUAAUUUAUCGACAACAGUGUCUAGUGGUAGUCGUUUAACUAAUUUUACAAGAGAUUCGCAAACAAAUCAAGGACCAAGAAACUUUAAAGAAAAUAAAAACAAACAUUUUGAAAAUAAAUUAGCUCAAUUAUCACAAAAAUCUUUGAUGAUGUCUGUUUCUGAAUUCGAUAGUGGGAUACCAUCAAAAAAAAGAAAAACAUGAUAAAAACUAUUUUUUUUUUCUUAAAUUAUAUGUAAAAUUUUUAAUAAUUAUUAAAUUAGUAAA